CAUAUAUACGUAUGAUAUGAAAAUUAUGCAACCAUCGCAGCCCUAGCUCUGAAGUUCAUCUCUGCAUCAGCCGGAGUACUCCACUUCUCGCCGCAGAAAGCAAAUCCAAGUUAUGGCAUACCAAGCGGUGAAGUCGACAAAGCCCGGGCUAGAGGAGCCACAGGAACAGGUGCACAAGAUCAGAAUCACUCUGUCAUCGAAAAACGUCAAAAACCUCGAGAAAGUUUGUGCUGAUUUGGUACGUGGUGCCAAGGAUAAAAGACUCCGGGUUAAGGGACCAGUGAGGAUGCCAACCAAGGUUCUUCACAUCACCACUAGAAAGUCUCCCUGUGGAGAAGGUACCAACACAUGGGAUAGAUUUGAGCUCCGUGUUCACAAGCGAGUGAUUGACCUGUUCAGUUCCCCAGAAGUUGUAAAGCAGAUCACAUCUAUCACCAUUGAACCUGGGGUAGAGGUCGAGGUUACAAUUGCUGAUUCUUAAAACUUCAGCAACAUCGCUUAGUUUUAAUUUUGGUUUGUGCUUCCAGUGAUGGCUGUUUUGGAUUUUUUCUUUCCAGCCUCCAAACUGUGCCCUUAAAUAUUGUAGACUGUGUACUCUAUUAUGAGUUUUGGUAUUAUAUUUUCCAAGUUAAGAAAGACAUGAUGUGACAACGAGAAUUUUGCGAAUUCAUGUGGUGUAAUUUUCCCGCAUUCAAUUGAAGUUUCUGGUAUUAUGGUGGUAUCCUGUUUA